UCCUUCAUUAAAAGAAAACUGGGGCAGGGCGGAAGUGAAACACAAGUUCUCCGCACAAAGGACGAGUCAACGACGUAAACAGAGCAUAUUAAAACAACCAUCCGACAAAACAAACAGAUUUAGCUACAGUAAAUACAGUAUGGCCACUCAAGACCCGGUGUAUAACACCACCACCACCACACCAGCAGCAGCGCAGGCAAACAAAACUAAAAUAUGGUUCAACGUGCCAUCAGACAGCCUGGAUACAAUUCGAUGUGCGAUAAAAGUGGUCGAAAUGCUCCUGUCAUUUGUGGCUUUCGUGAUGGAGGAGAUCGUGUCCCACUGUGUGUCUUGUGGACCGCUUUACUUCUUUGAGUUUGUCAGUUGCACAGCCUUCCUCUUCACACUUCUGCUCCUCAUCCUUCUGGCCACACAUCUCCACCAGAGAGUCGGAAUUACCUGCUGGCCUACACUGGAUUUUACAUACACAUCAGGCAUGGCAGUCAUGUUCCUCAUUGCCAGCAUUGUGUUUGCAGCAGGCAAUGGUCAGACGGGCUUGGAGCAGGGUGCAGUGGCAUUUGGCUUCAUGUCCACGAUAGCCUUCUUUGCAGACUCUGCUUACUUUGUGAAACUGCAUGGUAUUCCUUGCCUAAAGAAAAGCAAUCUACAAGACGGCCAAGCACCAAGACAACCAGAGAUUGAGAAACUUAAUGCUAAUGGAGCAGAAUCAGCUUGAGGCCUGGUAGCGUUUUCACCAGCAUCCAAAUCCAAAAGCAAACAAUUUUUUAUAGGUAUGAAAUAUUUUUACCCAAAGCAAAAAAAAGAAAAAGUCUUAAUGAUUCAUUUUGUCAGUUUCAUUCUGACAUUUUUGUCCAGUUUUAUAUUGUGCCUAAAUGUUUUGCCUUUGUUUUUUAUGAGUCUUAAUUUCACAGGUAGUAUUUUAACAUGGAAUUGCCCAUAUUUUUACUGUACACAAAUGAAGUUAUCAUGUCACAAGUGAAGGUAUUUCACUAUUUUUGUGUGUGUGUUCUGCGCCAUUUUGGACAUGAAUUCUUAAGGAUUAACAAGUACAAAAAUAUGCACUGUACUAUAAUCGAGUUCUAUUUUUCUGAUUUUUAGAAUACUUUUAUAUGCAUUCCUGAAAUAAUAUAUUUUGGAGAAAAUCAGGGUUUGAUCAUGUUGAAAAUUUUGAUUUAUCAUUGCCUGCCUUUCAGCACAGGAAUUUGAAUAUAAUAUUGAUUUAGAGGCAAAGAAAUUUAUAAAGUAUUUUUAAAACACUUUUGGCAGGGGCGGAUUUAACCAACAAGGGAGGUAAUCAGCUGCUUGGCGCCCCUAAUAAACUCCUAGAAAUAAGAAUUAUACCCAUAAAUUACCUGACAUCGUAUUGGGACACUUUUGGGACAGGCAGGGGCGGAUUUAACCAACAAGGGAGGCAAGGGGCCGCUUGGGGUGCCCGAUAAAUACCUAAAAAUAUAAAUUAUACCCAUAAAUUAUAUAACAUCGUUUUGGGACUGGCAGGGAUGGAUUUAACUAAUAAAUGAGGUAAGCAGCCGCUUGGGGCUCCUCGAUAAAUACCUAGAAAUAUAAAUUAUACCCAUAAAUCAUAUAACAUCAUGUUGGGACAGGCAGGGAUGGAUUUAACCAAUAAGCGAGGUAAGCGGCCGCUUAGGGGGGCCCCUGAUAAAUACCUAGAAAUAUAAAUUAUACCCAUAAAUUAUAUAACAUAAUUUGGGACAGGCAGGGGUGGAUUUAAAGAAUAAGCAAGGCAAGUGGCCGCUUGAGGGCGCCCCCCGAUAAAUACCUAGAAAUAUAAAUUAUACAUUACAUAACAUCAUUUUGGGACACUUUUGGGACUGGCAGGGGCGGAUUUAACCAAUAAAAGAGAGGUAAGUGGCCGCUUGGGGACCCCCCGAAAAAAUACCUAGAAAUAUAAAUUAUAUCCAUAAAUGACAUAACAUCGUUUUGGGACAGGCAGGGGCGGAUUUAACCAAUAAGCGAGGUAAGCGGCCGCUUAGGGGGGCCCCCUGAUAAAUACCUAGAAAUAUAAAUUGUACUCGUAAAUUAUAUAACAUCAUUUGGGACAGGCAACGGUGGGUUUAACCAACAAGCGAGGUAAGCGGCUGCUUGGGGCCCCCCGAUAAAUACCUAGAAAUAUAAAUUAUUCCCAUAGAUUACAUAACAUCGUUUUGGGACUGGCAGGGGUGGAUUUAACCAAUAAGCGAGGUAAGCAGCCGCUUGGGGCCCCCCGAUAAAUACCUAUAAAUAUAAAUUAUACCCAUAAAUUACAUAACAUUGUUUUCUAUCAUAUUUUGUAUGGCGAGGGUCUAACAAAUACAGUUUUGACAUAACUGUUACAUCUGUGCAAAUUUGUCCCCCACUCCAAUCAUGGAGCAGCCUAGCAGUCAAAUCAUGAAAUAUUUAGACAUAAUACAGAUAUUUCUUUAUUAUUUUUAGUUGUGAAUUCAGUUUAAGGGUGACACCGUUUCCUCCGGGUGCUCUGGUUUCCCCCACAGUCCAAAAACAUGCACUAGGUGAAUUGAAUAAACGAAAUUGGCCGUAGUGUAUGUGUGUGAAUGUGUUUAUGGAAGUUUCCCAAUACUGGGUUGCAGCUGGUAGGGCAUCCGCUGUGUAAAACAUAUGCUGGAAAAGUUGGCGGUUCAUUCUGCUGUGGCGACCCCUGAUGAAUAAAGGGAAAAGCCGAAGGAAAAUUUUAGGGCUGUUGGGAUCCAUGGCUGGAAUUGUUUAGGGCCCCAAAAUCACUAAAUCCGCCCCUGGGGACAGGUAAAUACUACACUGAAUACACAUAUACACAUACACGCGUCAUCCUUAAGUCAGUUAUACUGUAAAAAUGUUUAUUGAGCUGUAAGAUGCAUGUGGCUAUAGCAGGACGACAUUGUUUUGGCCUUGUGAUGAUCAUGUUUCGCUGUGCAGGGGUGUACAGUCAUACAUUUGUUUGUUUUUAUUGAAUCAAUCUGUCAUUUUUAUAUUGUGUGGAACUCGAAAUGUUGUAUAUUUUCUUCUGUGCUUGAUCUUGUUCCAUGUGAGUUCAGAUUGUGUGUAAGAUAGCGUGUAAAUGCUAUGAACAGGAAGUGUUAAAUUGAAUGGAUGUCGUACAGGUCUUUCUUUAUUGGGAGGUUUGUGCGUUUAGGCCCUGUUGUGUUUGUUUAAAUGCCCAAGGAAUUGAACGGACUGCAAGUUUUCCAAGACACUAAUCUGCCUUCCGCUUCUGCUCUCCUGUACUGUACGACUUGACUGCUGCUUUCUGUUAAUUAAGCGUUGUGUAUAUUUUACAAUCUAGAUAAACUGAACCGUAGCCACUUUCUCCUUCUUAAGAUUUGAAUCGAGUGUCUUGUUAGGUUGCCAUGGAUUUUUUUUAAUUUUUACAAUGCAAAGACAAGUUUGAAUACCAGCAUUAUUUCUACCUUUUAAAGGUCACAUGGGAUAUUUUACAGCAUUGUAUAUGAAACCAUCUCCCCAUUCACUUUAAGCAAUAAAUAGAUCAUGGGCUCAACAGAA